AUGGUACCAGGAAACCAUACACAAUUCACUGAAUUUUUUCUCCUGGGAUUUUCUGAGAAACCAGAACAGCAGGGGCCCCUCUUUGGGCUGUUCUUUGGCAUGUACUUGAUCACAGUAUUUGGAAACCUGCUCAUAAUGUUGGUCAUUGGCUCUGAUUCUCACCUCCACACCCCCAUGUACUUCUUCCUUUCCAACUUGUCCUUUGUGGAUCUCUGUGUGGUAUCCACCACAGUCCCCAAUAUGUUGGUGAGCAUCUUGACACAAAACAAGGCCAUUCCUUAUGCUGACUGUCUUAUCCAGAUGAAUUUCCUUCUGGUUUUUGCUGGUCUGGACAAUUUCCUCCUCACUGCAAUGGCCUAUGACCGUUUUGUGGCUAUCUGUCAUCCUCUGCGUUAUGCAGUCAUCAUGAAUCCUAGAUUGUGUGGCUUGCUAGUGCUGCUCUCCUGGAUAAUAAGCCUUCUAGAUUCCCUUCUUCACAGUGUGAUGAUAACACAGCUCUCCUUCUGCACAGAGCAUGAAAUUACACAUUUCUUUUGUGAACUUACUGAGGUUCUGAAACUCUCUUGUUCUGACACGUUCAUCAAUUAUGUUCUGCUAUAUUUUGUUGCUGGAUUGCUGGGUAUUCUUCCUCUUACUGGGAUUCUUUACUCUUAUACUCAGAUAUGCUCUUCCAUUUUGAAAAUUCCAUCUGCUCAGGGAAAGUAUAAAGCCUUUUCUACUUGUGGAUCUCACCUCUCUGUUGUUUUCUUAUUCUAUGGCACAGUUUUUGCAGUAUAUCUGAGCUCCUCAAGUACCCACUCUUCAUGGAAAGAAGUUGCCUCAGCAUUGUAUGCUGUGGUCACCCCUAUGUUGAACCCCUUCAUCUAUACACUAAGGAAUAAGGAUAUAAAAGAUGCUGUUAGGAGAUUCAUUAACAGAAGCACCUCCUCUCAGUGA